AUGCAAGACGAUGAUGGACCCACAGGUUACCAGGCCAUUUCUGCCUACCACGGAGAACCAGCCGACUGUAAAGCUGCUGAUGGUUCAACCAUUGUGUGCUGUCUGCAUGGCAUGCCUUCAUUCCCCAUGUGGCAUAGACUCUACAUUGUGCAGUUCGAACAAGCAAUGGCUUCUCACGGUUCCAAACUUGGUGUUCCUUAUUGGGAUUGGACCAAACCCAUGACACACCUUCCAGAGCUUGUACAGCAUCCAUUGUUUAUCGACCCAAGUGGUAAAAAGGCGAAGAAAAAUGUUUUCUAUUCUGGCGAAAUCAAAUUUGAACAUAAAGUUACAGCAAGAGCUGUUGAUGCUAGACUUUAUGAUGCUUCUAAGAAAGGCCACGAAAACUUUCUUUUAGAAGGAGUGCUUAACGCUUUGGAACAUGAAGAUUUCUGUCAUUUCGAAGUUCAGUUUGAAGUCGCCCAUAACCCUAUCCACUAUUUGGUCGGAGGCAGAAUAACUCACUCUAUGUCCAGUCUGGAAUACACAUCUUAUGAUCCUAUCUUCUUCUUGCAUCAUUCCAAUGUAGAACGACAGUUUGCUUUGUGGCAAGCCCUUCAAAAGCAUAGAGGACUUCCAACCAGAGCCAAUUGCGGUUUGAACCUUUUCCACGAACCAAUGGAACCGUUUGGUCGUGAAACAAAUCCGAUCGCCUUGACCAAGGACAACGCCAAACCCAGUAGCGUGUUCGAAUACGAUCAAUUGGGAUAUGAAUACGAUGACCUCACUUUGAAUGGAAUGAGCAUUGAAGAGUUGGAUAAUCUGCUGAAACAACGUAAAUCUAAAGCCAGGGCGUUCGCCAACUUCAGAUUGGGAGGUAUCAAGACAUCAGCAAAUGUCCGAAUCAGCAUUUGUAUUCCAAACAAAGAUGGCCGACAUAGUGAUAACUGUGACAAUUAUGCCGGAGAAUUUUUCAUCCUUGGCGGCAAACAUGAGAUGCCAUGGCAUUUCGCUUAUCCUUAUCUGUAUGAAAUUACUGACAAAGUUCAUGCGUUGGGCUUGUCUUUUUGGACGCAGAUUACUACGUCCAAGCCAUAG